UACGGUACCUACCUUAUAUAUACGUCCAGUCAGUGUUGUCAUCAGCCACGCACUCGUUCGUGCGCUUUUCGUGUUAAUAGUUUUACUUAAUUUCCAUUAAAAGUUUUCUUUUUUAAUCGUCUGUGUCGCUUAUACGCUAUACUGACAGCCAACGUUUUAGUGAUAUAAUCAAACUUUUGUUCGCUGCACGAAUGUAAUUAAACUUUAAUUCAAGAAAGCGUUUACUCUGCGUGUACACUUUGAGGUUAGGUUGGGAGUUAUAAAUGGAACUUAUUUUUUUCCAUAAUGCCCGUGUAUAUCGCACUUUUGUAAAAUACGUUUAGGUUCUUAGUAUAUAAUGUAAAUGUUUACUAAUUUAAACGUUUUUGUAAAUAUGAAAACGAAGUUUGACGCCUAAAGCAGCAGGCAAGUGGAGAAGAAUCAGACAACAAAUGCACAGCUGUCAAAUGUUUCUUCUCCAAGCUAUAUUUUUGCUAGUUUUUUAAAAACACUCAACAACCAAGAAAAAUGUUUGCAAAGUAGAGGAGAAAGAUUAUUAAUGGUCAAAUAAGAGAUCUCUCGGCAAAGGAUUUGCAUCAAGAGUAUCCAGUGUUUGUUGGAACAUUAAGGUUAUAUUGAAACCAUUGUCAUGGAAAGGAAAAUAAAAUUAAAGGCACUAAACAGCCACAUAACUUGUAAAAUAUGUCGUGGCUAUCUUAUAGAUGCCACAACUGUCACUGAAUGUCUACAUACCUUUUGCAAAAGUUGUCUGGUCAAGCAUCUUGAUGAAAAAAAUACUUGUCCACAAUGUCAAAUAGUCAUACAUCAGUCUCAUCCGUUGCAGUAUAUUAGUUUUGAUAGGACUAUGCAAGAUAUUGUUUACAAACUAGUUCCUGAUUUACAAGAAAAUGAGAUCAAAAGGGAGAGAGAAUUUUAUAGAGCCAGGGGUUUGCCUUAUCCAAAAGACAUUUUACCAAAUGCUGGAGAUGUGGAAGAUGAAAAAGCAAGUGCAGAUGCACAUGCAGAGUCUGAUUACCACAGAACUGAUGAACAGGUCAACGUUUGUUUGGAAUGCAUUAAUGCCAGUUUGAAGACCUUGAAACGAGGCUUCAUAAGAUGUUCUGCUCAAGCAACAAUAACACAUUUGAAAAAAUUCAUAGCCAAAAAAGUACUUAACGGCAUGGAAAAAUACCGUGAUAUUGAUAUUCUAUGUAAUAAUGAACUGUUAGGAAAAGAUCACACUCUCAAGUUUGUGUAUGUAACAAGAUGGAGGUUUCGUGAUCCACCACUAAGGUUACAAUAUAGACCAAGAAUUGACAUUUAGAAUGAAUUUUGUAAUUAACUGAAUGAGGAAGGAUUGAAAAACACUGUGCAAACCUCAUGAGUAAAUUACAUUUGUUAUUUGGUACUUAUACUUGUAAUGCUUAUACAGCAGAAGAGAAUGAGUGAAUGUAAAGUGUCUAAUGUGAUGUGACUGUUAAAAAAAUAGAGUGAAGGAAGUGUAGAUAAUAAAAAAAGUUGAAUGUAUUUUUGCAUAUCUGUGUAGCAAAUUCAAGCAGGUUUUGUUUUAAAACAUAUCAAUAAUGUGUAUGUAAAAUUUUUAACUUCAAAAUUUAUAACCAAAGCUUUUUAUUAUUCAGUUUAAAUGUACAGUAAUUUUCUUGUAAAGGCACAACCAACAUUGGAAAGCCUCAAAAUAUCAUUUUUGCAUUAAGUGUCUUCCUCAUAAAAUAUACAUCAUCAUAUAUAAUAAACUUCUAUAUGACAAGGUUUUUAUCUUAUAAAGCCGGAAAAAUAAUGUUUUUGGUACAUUAUGUAAAUAUAGCUUACAUCUAUAAACACUUAAGAAAAAUAUUCUCUACUUAUUUUUAUCGAUUUCUUUUAAUAUAACAUUUGAAUAGUUAUAACAAUCGUCAUUCAUCAAAUCAUAGUACCACCAUUAAAAAAUUGAUGCAAUAAGCGUAAGAGUUCAACAGAAAUUCAACAAAAUACUUAGAUAGCAAUAAACUUUGACACAAAAUGAUACUUUUCACGCUGUAAUAAAAUGAUCACUGAAAUAAACAUAUAUUUGUUUGAAUGAGAUGAAAGACUAUUCCAAAACUGUCAUACAUAGAAUUUCUGUUUAAAUCUUUAUAUAAAUACUAUGAACAUUGAUCAAUUUAUAACACGGCUUUGCGUAUGUCAGUUAUUUAAACUUUCUACACACAAUAUUUUAGGCACUUGCAUGAGCAUUAUUUUAAUGUUUAGUCCCACGAUUCUUCAUUUGCUAUGGCUACUAUUGGUUGUGUAUCAAUAGGAACAGUUUGAAUGGCCUGUAAAUAACAAAUUUCAAUAAGAAAAAUCAAUGUAUUGUAUAAAAA